GGGAACGUGAGCCGCGGACUGCCGGGAGGGCCGGCCUCCACGGUCGCGUCCGGGGCGGGCCGCUGUGAGAGCGGCGCGCUCAUGCACAGUUUCGGCAUCUUCCUGCAGGGGCUGCUCGGCGUCGUGGCCUUCAGUACAUUGAUGCUUAAACGCUUCCGAGAACCAAAGCAUGAAAGACGACCAUGGAGAAUAUGGUUUUUAGACACUUCCAAGCAAGCCAUAGGGAUGCUGUUCAUCCACUUUGCAAAUGUGUACCUAGCAGAUCUCACUGAAGAGGACCCUUGUUCACUGUACCUCAUCAACUUUCUUCUGGACGCCACUGUAGGCAUGCUUCUCAUUUAUGUGGGCGUACGCGCUGUCAGUGUCUUGGUGGAGUGGCAGCAGUGGGAAUCCCUGCGUUUUGGAGAAUAUGGAGACCCUCUGCAGUGUGGGGCCUGGGUGGGGCAGUGUGCCCUUUACAUCGUGAUCAUGAUCUUUGAAAAGUCUGUCGUCUUCAUCGUCCUUCUCAUACUGCAGUGGAAAAAGGUGGCCCUAUUGAAUCCAAUUGAAAACCCAGACCUGAAGCUGGCCAUCGUCAUGCUGAUAGUUCCCUUCUUUGUCAAUGCUUUCAUGUUCUGGGUAGUAGACAAUUUCCUCAUGAGAAAGGGAAAGACGAAAGCUAAGCUAGAAGAAAGAGGAGCCAACCAGGACUCAAGGAACGGGAGCAAGGUUCGCUACCGAAGGGCAGCAUCCCAUGAGGAGUCUGAGUCUGAGGUCCUGAUCUCAGCUGAUGAUGAAAUGGAGGAGUCUGAGGCCGAGGAGGACCUCCGCAGACUGACCCCCCUCAAACCUGUGAAGAAGAAGAAGCACCGCUUUGGGCUACCUGUAUGACACGUUCCCGCGCUGCGGAUGACAGUCAUGGGGCCCAGCCCUGCAGCAGCAUCCCUUCCCUCUCUCUACCCUCCUCUCUACCUCCACUCCUCUUGCUGUCUCUGCCCGCUCUCCGCCCGCCCCAGACUACUGUGACUGAAAAGAGGGAAGAGGAACCGUGCCCGAGGGGCUGUGGGCAGCUGGAGGUCCCGCUCAGUUGCACUACAAACACUGACCAAAUAUGCAAGCGAAGAGCUUUGUUUGUUGUCGUCCCUUUGGGGUGUUGUGAGACCCCUGUCCUGUGUCUGACCAUGUGGCAUGGUGGAAGAAAACAGCACACACAGACUGUCGGGCCCUCGUGCUGAGGCUUGGGCCUUGUGGACAUGUGAGGGCCUGGGGUCAACAGCCACUGGUUGACCCAAGUUGGAAUAGGAAUGCUUUCUUACUCAAAAGGCUUUUGUAACUCUUUAUUUCUAAAGCCAGUUUUAUGAGCUGUGA